UUUUGUGUUUCCUAACUGAGUUGUUGGCGAUCUUUAUCACCUUCCUUGACGAACUCGAGCGAAGACAACGCACAUCUCAUGGGUCCUUGUCUGUUCUGCGCAUUUUUCACGCGGACUGGUCGCCCUUCGCCUUCGUACUGUAGGCAUUGAUUCGUUCGCAUUGACAGAUCCCGCAAUUGGGUGACAAGCAUUUUUCCAUGUCGUGGCUGAAAGGUUGCAUGAGGUGCCCGUUUGUGUAGGGUUCUUGUCAAAGGGGCGACUCACGAAACUUGCCUCUUCUUUCUGUGGCGACUCUUCGAGAGACCGUCGUCUUUUCGUCUUCUUUUCCAUGCUCACCUUGCUCUCCACUAAUCUUCAACAUGCCUGCGUCGUAGUACUCCGCCUCGGUCCCUCGUCCAGCUUCAGCUUCUUCAUUGCACCCUCUGUUUCUUCUCACAGUAGCGAGAGCUUCACCCCCACCUCGAAAUUUAGUUGUACGCCUGGGUGCUGUGGAAGGUAGAGCACCAGUCAGGGAGAGGCGGUGUGCUUGCUCCCCCGUCAUGGGCACAUCCUUUUGAUCUCUGUCAGUUUUUUAAGAUUGGACUAAUUUGAUUUUGAAAGUAUAAGUCCCGCUCUUGGCAAUAGUGCAGACCUGUGGCUUUUAUGACGUUGAGCCUCUAUGAACUCUUUACAGCUUUUGAUACUUGAGUUUUCGAUUUUAUCUCCUUGUCUAUGGUGGAUGGGUCGAUCCAUUUGUAGAAAUCAUGGAGUAGGGUGCUCGUUUGAUAGUUUGUUUUUUUGGCAUUUGGCGUUCUAAACUUGUUGAGCUUGUGCCGUUACGUUGGUAUUUAGGAUAUAUGCUUAGGGUUAGGAUAAUCAUCAAACUUUGUGAGAUUAUAUUGGAUUUCUGUGGAAAGUCUUUCAUGAGCAUGGCGCACAAGAUUGGAAUACUUCGGUUUCAUUCGAGUGCCGUAUCUAUGGUGUCUGUGCCUAAUCUUUGGAACAUUCAUAGCGGGCAAGUCCAGAGAUGUCCAAGGAAGGAAGUGGCGCUCGUAGUCAGCUCGAUGACCUCAAAGCAAAACUUCUGGCGAAAGAGCUGGAAAUUAUUACACAGAAGGACCAGAUGCUGCGUAUUCAGGAGAGAUCGCAUCAGAUUGAGCUUCACAUUAGUAAACUUUCCGAUAAAUCGAGAGAAAAAAUUGCGAGCUUAGAAGACAUUAUCAGCUUGAUCAACGGUGAAGCUAAAGUUAAGGAUAAGAAAACUUUAGAUCUGGAGGCAGAAAUGGUAAAACUGAAAGAAGAUUCGGACACUACCAUCAAGGAAAUGGCGAAGCAUUUGGAAGACACCACAACCGCUAUGGAGUUCAAGUAUGAAAGCACUAAGUUGGAGCUUGAAACAGCCCAAAUUAGGUUGAGGGAGCUACACGAAUUCAGCCAAAAGAAGGCAAUUCUUGAAAAAGAACUCCAAGACACGCGAUAUGCACUGUUAAAAGAGCGUGAGAAAUGUAUCGAGCAAGUGGGAGAGGCUGAGAGAGCUUCGUAUGCAGCGCAAGAGAAGAUGCGUAGGGCAAUGGAAACCAUAGUUGCAGAAACUGAAGCGAGGAUGACCGCAAACAUGGAAAUGCGGCUUAACUUUAAAACCAAGAAGAUUAUCAUUGAAAAUGAAGGAUUGAAGGCCGAGGUACAAUACCACACUCGAGCAACAAUGAAACUUUACAAGGAGAACCAGCGGCUGAUUGAGGAAAACCAUGAACGAACCCGCGAUAUCGAUCUCUUACAAGAGAUCCAGGCGGAAUUGGAACUUAAGAUCCAUGCGUACCAGAAAACAUUACGGAUCCUUUUGCACAAGCUUCGAGAAAACGAGAAGCAGAUGACGAGUACACAGGCAAAGGUGUUGCCAAAUAUGACCAAGGAGCAACGAGGGUACGAGGAGGACUUUCAAGAGCUGCUCCUACGCGCUGAACGUCUCAAAGAUGUGAAGAUCAGUAACGUUGGUUCAAAACUUGUCCAUUCUCGAAAGGCAGUUCGUCCACACAGUACAAAAUCCCAGGAACUUACCCAAGAUAGUGCAAUCGAGUUUCUGUAUGCUUGUCUGGAAGAUAUGGAGUUGGAGACAUUCACAAAACUGGCAACAGAAAGUGCCUCGUCAAGUGAAGCUGUUCCAUCUACACUGCCGCUUGAUCAACUCAACAUGAAACAACGCCUUAAACUUCUCCAGAGUUUGUUAAAGAAGGCCAGCACAGUCCGGCUGAUGACGCAGAGCCUUGCAAAUGCAGCAUCCGACAAGGGUUCAACACAGCGUCUACCAUAUUCGCCAGCCAUCAAUAAUUCCGGUGAAAACAUAGUGUUUGACGUGCAAGAUCUAUUAGAGAUGCCUGUUCAACAGAUCAUAUUGGGCGAUAGAGGGAAGUGAUCUUUUGUAAAGGGAAAGAAUCAACAUCUUGAAGUAAUUUGUGCAAAGGUUUGAAAGGCGCUGCUUUCACUUGUCUAUCUAAAGCUUUUUUUAGGCUUGAGGCAUUGUGCGAUGACUUACAUCAGUUCUUAACUUAUAACUUCUGCUAAUUCAAAUUAACCCCUCCCCCACUCUGUCAGCGAUUAACGUGAAAAGAAUUCGGCCUUUCACCGUUAUAGAGAUCACCCUCACGUGUACUUACUUCCCUAUGACAGGCCCACCGUGGCCAUCAUCUCUUCUUUACCCUUUUUUCAUUUCAGAACUAUUUCUUGCGCGAAGUAGAAAAUAUGUUUAAGUUUUUGAAACAUUCAGUAAGUGUUCAUAAGUUCAGAGCUGCUUUUAGUCGUAAAAACUUUUCAGCACACUGCAGUUUCUUCAACCUCUCAAAUGUGCUUUGCACUAGUUGUUGACUGAUCUAAGUAGGAAAAGGGGGAGUUUGCCCCGUGUGAGUUAAAAAAGUGGCUGCUGUGACUGUCAAAAUAUGCAACCUGUUCGUUCCAUCUGCUGCGUCACGCGUUGGUUGUGGGGGAGAAGGGAUGCAGAAGUCUCAUUCAACCCAUCGACAGUGGUGAAUUUGUUGCCGAGAUUUGACCUGGUUUAUGGUGAUGCAGUGCUAGUGUUGACCCAAAAAAAUAUAAAAUAAAAUAAAGAAUGAUGAGGAA